UAGCAACCUUAUCCAUAUAUGUCAUGAGGUUCGGAGCCAUAGAAACACAGAGACGAAGAACUAUAGAAUUCCAAUCUUCACAUCGGAAUUCAGGAAUCCCAUUUUAGCUUUCCUGAAGGGACUACUACUCGAUGCAACUCGCAUUACUUGCUCCGACAAAGUCGUUCCAAUACAAUACCGACAUCCCCUCGAGGGCCUUGACAGUGUCCCAGCUCGAGAAAUGCACGAACUUGGAUGGAAUUAAACAAGUCCAUGCCAACAUGUUAAAGACCGGCCUCGUCUUGGACCCGAUGUGCGUAAGCAGGCUCCUUUCUGUCUCAGCCUCGCCGCCCACCGGUGACUUAUCCUAUGCUCGAUCUCUGUUUGAGAGGAUAGCGAGUCCAAAUACUUUCAUGUGGAAUGCGAUGGUUAGGGGAUACUCCGACUGCGGCGAACCAGAAGGAGCCCUGAUUCUUUAUAUUCACAUGCUCUCCGAUUCAGUUCCUCAUAAUUUUCACACCUUCCCUUUCCUGCUCAAGGCUUGCUGUGAUCCUUCAUUCAUCGGUGAAACGCUUCAAAUACAUAACCACAUAGUUAAGUUCGGGUUUGGGACGGAAAUAUUCACGGUGAACUCCCUAAUCCAUGCUUAUGCAGCAUGUGGUAGGGUGGAAUCUGCUCGCCUCGUCUUUGACCGAGCUCCUGGAAGGGACAUCGUGACUUGGAACUCGAUUAUUGAUGCAUAUGUGAAGAGCUCAGAACUGGAAAUGGCUUAUCAGAUGUUUAAAGAGAUGCCCGAAAAGAAUGUUGUGUCAUGGACUACUAUGAUUUCUGGGUUAGCUUCAGCAGGUUCGAACAGGGAAGCUCUGAGAUUAUUCCAUGAAAUGCAGAUCGAAGGGAUCGAACCUGAUGCUGCAGCUCUAGGAAGCACGCUUUCUGCUUGUGCGAGUCUCGGAGCAAUAGAGCAAGGCAGAUAUAUCCAUAUGCAUAUAGAAAGAAACAAAAUUAAGACGGAUUCGAUGUUGGAAUGUGGACUUAUAGACAUGUAUGCCAAGAGCGGGGACAUUGAAGAAGCUCUGAAGGUUUUCAAGAAAUCGAAAAGGAAAUGCAUAUCUGUUUGGACGGCGAUAAUUUCCGGGCUUGCAAUUCAUGGCCAAGCGAGGGAUGCUCUCUACUGGUAUUCAGAGAUGCAGAAAGAAGGAUUAAAGCCGAAUCCAAUCACUUUCACGGCGAUCUUGAGUGCAUGUGUUUAUGCGGGACUUGUAGAAGAGGGAAGGAUACUGUUUGCGAGCAUAAAAUCCGUUCAUGGCUUAAGCCCUUCAAUGCAACACUAUGGAUGCUUGGCCGACCUUUUAGGACGAGCUGGGUUGCUUCAGGAAGCGAAGGAGGUGAUCGACACAAUGCCUAUAAAGCCUAAUGCGAUAGUCUUGGGAGCUCUACUGAAGGCGUGUCUGAUUCAUGGAAAUCCCGAGCUGGGGAAAGUGAUCGGGAAGAAGUUGAUCGAGAUGGACCCAGGUCACGGUGGUAGGUAUGUACAUACUGCAAGCGUUUUUGGUGCAGCAGGGGAAUGGGAAGAAGCGGCAAGAGUAAGAGGAAUGAUGAAGGAGAAGAGCAUUGAGAAACUUCCUGGGAGCAGCAAUAUAACCAUUAACGGAAUCGUUCACGAGUUUUUUGCGGGAGAUAACUCGCACCCAUGUAUCGAGGAAAUUCACGGGAUGUGGAACCGGGUUUCCAAGAGACUCGAAGAAGAAGAAUAUAGACCCGAGGUGGGGAAUUUGCUUCUAGACCUCGAGGAUGAUGAGAAAGAGAUAGCCAUCAGUCGGCACAGUGAGAAGUUGGCUAUUGCUUUCGGGCUGCUCAGGACGGAGAAGAAGGUGACUCUCAGGAUCUUUAAGAACCUUCGUGUUUGCGAAGACUGCCAUACAGUGACAAAGAUGAUCUCCAAGAUUUACGGUAGGCAGAUUAUCAUGCGGGAUAAAACCCGUUUCCACGAGUUCAGCAACGGGAUUUGUUCUUGUGGGGACUACUGGUGAAGACAAUGCAUUCACUGUUGGAACAAACUACGUCUUUUUGGUUAGUAGAUUAAAGUUCA